CCUCACCAUACCACAUCCUUUCUUUCCUUCUCGCCUAUUCUUUCUUGGUAACAGUAAUAUUUGUAUCUUCAGCUGCCAAGCGCCGUUUCCUUUUACUCUCUCUUUCUCUCUCUUCCUUUUUCAAAAUCCAGUUUUUACUUACUCUGAUCAUGCCUCCACUGCCUCACUCUUCUACAUAACCAUCGCACACUACUCACUCACCCAAUUCUUUUUCCUUCUUCUCCCCCUGACACACUCACACACGCAAAUUCAAAUUUCACUACCAAAAACAAUGUCACCCGUGCAGUUCGUUUCUUCCUCCUCUCAUGCUCCUUCUUGGCUUCAACUCCUCCUCACCGAGAAGUUCUACAACGCUUGCAUAAUUCACGAGGAGGCAAAGAAGAACGAGAAGAACGUCUAUUGCUUGGAUUGUUGCAUCAGUCUCUGCCCUCACUGUUUGUCCCCUCACCGCUCUCAUAGACUCUUGCAGAUUAGAAGAUAUGUGUAUCAUGAUGUUAUAAGGUUGGAUGACGCUGCAAAAUUAAUUGACUGCACUUCAGUUCAAUCCUACACGACCAACAGUGCAAAAGUGGUAUUUUUAAACCAAAGGCCACAGGCAAGGAACUUCAGAGGCUCCGGCAAUUUCUGCAGCACCUGUGACAGAAGUCUGCAAGACCCAUACCAUUUCUGCUCCCUUUCUUGCAAGAUCAAUUAUCUGGUCAGAACUAAGGGUUCUCUCUCUGGUUACCUCUUCGAGUGCAACUACUUGCCGCUACCGGAAUGUGGGCUCGACGAUGGUCUGAUGACCCCUGACUCGGUUCUGGAACCGGCCGGUUCGGCUAGAACCUCGUCAGGCUCCGGAGGGUAUGGUGGGGUGGAUUGCAGGACCACCCUGGCUUGCACUGCAACCACUGAGAUUGUGAGGAAGAAGAGAACCGGAGGCUCUGGUUUCCGGCCACCGUGCCGACCGGCGUGUUCGCCUGUGUCGGAAAUCUCGGCGGGUCUGAUGAACCGGAGGAAAGGGAACCCCCAGAGGUCCCCGCUGUACUGAAGGAGUUGCGAGAGGGUGAGGAGGUUCUCUGAGAUGAAAACGAAAAACCGUCUCACGAAAGAAAACAACUUUUUGGUAUUUUGCUAUUAUGAUUAUCAAUUAUUCUAAAUAUUACUAUGGAGUUAAAAUCUGGGAUUGCAACUUAAUACACUUUACAGGGAAGAAAAACCUCCUAGUUUUGUAGAUUAUCACCCUCUGCUUUGUUGCUGCUGCUAUGUAUCUAUGUACCGAGUUUGGUAGAACAAUGUAAUGAUUUAUUUUGAGGUUUAUGAGUGUUACUGUUAUAGUAUUAUAUAAUAUAUGGAGCAAUUGGUGU